AGUCAACAAUACAACCCCUUCAACUGAACCUUUGGAAAGGUGUAUAGCGCCACUCAGUGCACGUUUCUCGCCAGUCCAGACCAGCUCUGGGAUGGUUGGUUCAAAGCUUGUCACAUGUACAUAGACAGUGUGGCAGUGCAGUUUAGUCUAGGGUCGGUCCGAGAGACAGCAUUGGGGUUUAUUUUUUGUGCUUUUUUCCCCCUGUUGAUGGUGUGGUUUGAGUUGUGAACACCCUCUUGUAACCAAGCAGUAACACCAGUAAUUUGUUCACGUGGUGGGCACCAUUUUGUUGCCACCCCAGCAAGCCGUUCUCUUCCCACCGUUGAAAUCAGAGUUAGUUUAACCUCCAUGACCUGCCACGAAACAAUAGCCCAUUGCACUGCUCGAUGUUGAUAAACUUAAUCACAAGCACUAGGCACAGACCGUGCUGCUACAUGCUACCCUGAACCUUCGCUGGAGUUGGAUAUAUACGUGUGUACCUUGUCCGCGCGACUCUAUCAACGGAUUGUUCAGGAACUCUUCGUCUUUAAACUCAGGAUUAAGGAAAUGUUCUGAUUCAAGAGGAGUGUUAUACUAGUCAACUUUUGGAUUUGUUUUGAGAUUUUUCUUGGUUGACUUCCCCGUGUCGGUUCGGUCGGUCUGUGGACACACUGUCUGGUGAUCAGCUUGUGAACGCUCACUCCUGUCUUCCCUAAUUUGCCUUGUGGUGUUUUGUUGAUUGUACUCGUAACAGAUGCCUCUUAAGAUGCCAUCAGCCCCAAACCUACCACCCUCUCCAACUCCGGGUCAUGUUCACAAAAGAGCUGUGAAGCUAGAACCCCACGAUUCGGCACCGCCCAGCCCUAGUAGCUGGGUGCAGCUCAAGUUCAAAGUGGAGAAAUUUGCCCAACAGAAGCUGGGUGGGUACCCUGCCCAGCAGGAACUGGUAGCCCCGUCCUUGGUCCACCACAUACCCCAUCAUCAGCAGGAUCAGAUGAGGGGACUCCAGGAGCCAAUGAGAUCACACCAGCAGCAGCAGACCACCAUGCCUACAACGACGGCCACAGCAUCCUGCAGUAUCGACAUGAAUAUGAACAUGAAUAUGAACCCAAGUUAUCCAGGUUACAUGCAGUAUUCAAUGCCAGCCGAGCUACCAGUACCCGUAGCAUUACAUCAUUCACCCAUGUCUGGUCUUCCAACGUGUUCAUCUAGUGAGUCUCCUUCACCCCCACCGAGGGUUUAUAAACCUUGCUUCGUCUGUGAAGACAAGUCAUCCGGGUACCAUUAUGGUGUCAGUGCUUGUGAGGGAUGCAAGGGCUUCUUCAGACGGAGUGUACAGAAAAGCAUGCAGUAUACAUGCCACCGAGACAAGAAAUGUGUUAUAAACAAAGUCACCCGAAAUCGCUGUCAGUACUGUCGUCUCCAGAAGUGUUUUGAGGUCGGAAUGUCAAAAGAUUGUGUUCGAAACGAUCGGAACAAGAAGAAGAAAGUCAAACCUGAAGUCAGCGAGAGUCAGACGAUUCCACCGGAGAUUGAAGACAUUGUACAGAAAGUGUUACAAGCUCAUGUAGAUACCUUCCCUGCAGACCCCAUUGGGCCUGCCUUCAGUGUGGCUGUUGAAGAUGAUCGCGAUAAGCUACGCAUUUCCAAGGAUAGUAACAAGGGUGACGCAGCAGAUGGCACUAAUAACAGGGAUAGCACCAGCCUACUCAAGCUAACAGUGCCCGAGGAGUCGCCGGUCCGUCUUGACAUGUCCGACACCAACCUAACCUUGUUCAACUAUGUCACAGACAUGUCAUCCAAGGCAAUCAUUAUGGUGGUGGACUUUGCUAAGAAGCUACCUGGAUUCUUAACCCUGACUACCCAAGACCAGAUCACUCUGCUCAAGGCAGCCUGUCUAGAAAUCAUGAUUCUCAGGAUAAGUUCUCGUUUCAACAUCGAUGACGGCAGCGUGACAUUCACCAGCGGCCUCCAGCUUUCACAGGAUCAGUUGAAGAACGGAGGUUUCGGCGGACUCCUAGAGACUAUUCUCCAAUUUGCGACGGCCAUCACUAAGCUGAAGAUUGACGAGACGGAGGUGUCAUUGCUUUCGGCAAUCUGUCUCAUUAGUGGAGAUCGCUCUGGCCUUGAGAACCCAGUCCAGAUUGAGAAGCUUCAGGAGCCUCUCCUUGAAGGGCUACGACUUUAUGUUAAGAAACGGCGCCCUCUCGAGCCGCAUAUAUUUGCGAAAAUCCUGAUGAAGAUUACAGACUUGCGAAGCAUCAGCGUGAAGAGUGCUGAGAGAGUGCUCCAUCUGAAGCUAGAGUUACCCAACCGGUUCCCCGCCCUCAUUAAUGAAAUGAUUGACAGAGCCGAUAACCAAUGAGAAGGUUUGCAUGGGUAUUGAAGAGGUUCGACCAAGCCUGGAAAUCACAGAUCAAUCAGAUUGCUCUUUAUGAAUUUAAAAAAGGGAGGGUUAUUUUCGUGAUUAUAAACUUAGUUAGUUUAGAUAAAACCAUCAAGGAAGUUGAAGAUAGUGACAGUCUUGGAAACUACAGUGGAGUAGACGGGCAUCAAUCUGUGAAAUAUCUUCAGGCCCUCUGUGGUUGACUAGCAGAAUGGAUCCACUGGCAAUACAAGGCAUGCCCAGAUGCACCAAUCAGAGAGCCUGUUACUGAAAACAGCCAACCAAUUGGGAGACUCGUCUGUUAACUUGGCAUUGGCUGCUCCUUGGAGAUUACAAAGAAAACAAUAUUCAGAUCAUUAUUAUUAAUUAUUAUUUUUUUUUUCAAAAUGAGAAUCGUUUACACAAGGAUCUUGGUUUUUGAAAAGAAAAAAAAGUCUUGUGCUGUCAUGACAAAGUUGCCAAGAAAUUUUUAGGAACUGAAAUUUAGUUUUGUCUGUUUCAAAAACAGAUGAGCAUCAAAGUUUUACGAAGUAUUGCUUUAUUGACUGAAAGUCUAAAUUGCCAUCUUAAUGCAUCAAAUUAUUCUAUUAUGUUGUUUGGGGUUUUUAAUAAUUUUUUUUAACCAUAUCAUCUUGAAAUGGUGACUUAUUUGGAUUUUGGCAAGAAGGAAGCAAGGCUUGGUACCAACAUCCAAAAAAGAUGUUGGGAACAAUUAGAAGAUGAAGAGUUUCAUGCAAUACCCAAAGGAAUUCUAUCUAAUCAAAUUCAACUUGAUUGUGUAUAUUUACACAAAAGAGGAUUACAAAAGGUUGAUAUUUUCUGAUAAUUCAUUGACCCACUGACUGUUUAUGUUGUCAUUUCAUGACCUUUUUUAUAUCUACCAUCUGUACAAUCCACUGCCCAACAUUAAAGGAUUUUAAACUGGUUACUUUUUUGAAAAUAUCAAGUUAUAAACAUUUAGAAGAGAGGAACAUGCUGGCAUGACACACAUAAAGUGCGGUUCAACCUUAACAAAGUUGAACAUGAAGUGAACUUUCUUGCAUUGGCUGUGGGAAAGUGGUAUUGUGAUUAUUUGCAUUAAGGAAAUUUACUUGGCAGUUUCCACAUGAAGUAUGAAACGAUUUAACACUUAUGAUCUUCAUACCAUACAGAAAAGCUAAAGAGAGCAUUGACUCAUUAAAUGGGUCCUAUUGACCUACACAGAGGUCAUAUUGACUAUCUGAGAGGUCAGAUUGACUGUUGGGGUCACACUGACUAUUCAGGGGUCGAAUUGACUCUUCCAGGGGUCAUGUUGACUAUCUAAGUGGUCAGAUUGACUCGUCAUUAAUUCUUUGUGGAUCAGUAUCAGGUGAUUUAACGCUGCAUCACAUGACUCUUCCAUCAUUCCAUAUUUCAUAUGCACAUUGAUAGUCAACCAUAAGUGCCGUCUAAAUGACUCAAGUAAACUGUACAUUAGUAUCAACAUUACAAAACCAUCUUGCUGUCAUAUUCAAUCAGUAAUAUUCAGUAGCUGUUCUUAUCUGUCACCUGUGCCCAAUUUCAUAGAGCUUAUUAGGAGAGUGUUGCUAUCGCAACUACUGAUUUAGAAUAUUGCACUGAUAACAAGCUUUUUGGGUAAAUUUGUUUCAGAU